ACGAGUUAAUACAAAUAAAAACAAACGUUCUGUCUUCUUUAAGAAAGGUACGGCUCGCUUAAGGUGUGCAGAGGGCACGUUCCGCGUGCACAACAUUUACGGCGAUGGGAAUUGCAUGUUCCGAGCGAUCAGUUACAUUCUAUGGCGAAACGAGGAUGAACACCGAUACCUCCGUUCCAUGGUCGUUCAGCACAUCAAAGAAAACUGGUACGAGUACGGACCGUUCGUGAUCGCCGAAUGGAACAUAUCGGAACGUCGAACGUAUUGCGAUUACAUGAGCAUGGUCGGUACGUUCGCCAGCGAGCUAGAGUGCACGGUAGCCACGAAAAUGUAUUACAUGAAUCUGUCGAUUUAUCGAGAGAUCAGAGAUCGAUACGAACUCAAGCGGGUGUUUCACAACCACGUGAGCUCUCAGUAUGAAACCGCAAGGCUUUUAUUCACCGGAAACUCGGACAACGGCCAUUACGAUGUUUUGCUUUCGGAAUAAAAUACGCAUCGUCGGUGG